UCGUCAACGUCCUCGCAUCGCGGAUGGCCGGCCGGUCAAAGAGCGCUCGCUCGCUCGCUCACCUCACUGAUCUCAUCCGUGCUACUCCUGUCUCGAUUAGAAUUGCCAGAGUAAUCGGAGCUCCGGUUCCGAUCCCUGUCCAUGGCGCGCUGCGGCGGCGAAAGGAUGGUGGACGAGCUGCGCGACGUGCUGGACGACUUCGCGUUCCGGGCCAAGCGGCUGGCCGCGCCGCUGCUGCAGCCGUUCGGCCGCGCCUCCGAGGCGGUGGCGCUUGACGGCGCGGAGAUCGACGGGCUCAGGCGCAUCCGCGCGGCGCUCCGGGCCGCCGAGGAGCGCGUGGUCACCGAUGACUUCGUCAGGCUGUGGCUGCGGGAGCUGGAGGACCUGGAGCGCAUGGCCGAGGACGUGCUCGAGGAGCUCGAGUUCGAGGCGCUCCGCGCGUCCCGCCUCGAGCGGUUCAAGCUCCAGCUCCUCCGGUCCAGCGCCGGCAAGCGGAAGCGCGAGCUCAGCUCGCUCUUCUCCUCCUCCCCGGAUCGCCUCAACCGCAAGAUUGGGAAGAUCAUGGAGCGCUACAACGAUCUCGCCAGGGACCGGGACGCGCUGCGGCUGCGAAGCAGUGAUGAGGAGAGGCGACGUGAGCCGAGCCCACUGACGCCGACCAGCUGUUUGACGAAAUGCUCCCUUCAUGGAAGAGAGCGGGACAAGAAGCAGGUCAUUAAGCUGCUCCUAUCUGAUGAAUAUAACUGCCAGGGUGUCUACUCUGUUGUGCCUAUAGUUGGCGCUGCUGGUGUUGGGAAGACUAGUCUGGUUCAACACAUCUACAAUGAUGAGGCCUUGAGAUCCAAGUUUGACAUGAAAAUGUGGGUCUGGGUGUGCCAAGAGUUUGAUGUAUUGAAGCUCACAAGGAAGCUCGCUGAAGAAGCAACGGAGUCCCCUUGCGGCUUCGCUGAGAUGAAUCAACUACAUCGAAUCAUUGCUAAACGGCUGGAGGGAAAGCGAUUCUUGCUUGUUCUUGAUGAUGUAUGGGAUGAGAGUCUACUCCGCUGGACAAGCUUGCUGGUUCCUCUAAAAUCUGCUGCACCUGGUAGUAGAAUUGUAGUGACGACUAGAAGUGCUAAAGUUGCUCGAAUGAUGGCAUUCAAGAUACACCAACUGGGGUACCUCACUGAUACUACCUGCUGGUCUGUGUGCCGAAAUGCUGCCUUGCAAGACCGUGAUCCUAGUAUUAUUGAUGACGGCUUGAUUUCUAUAGGUAAAUCUGUUGCAGCCAAGUGCAAAGGCUUGCCAUUGGCUGCAAAUGCAGCAGGAAGUGUUCUAUCCAUUGCAAUUGAUAGGAAGCACUGGGAGACUGUUGAGCAAAGUGACUUGUGGGCUAACAAUGAAGUGAUUGAUCAUACCCUUCCUGCUCUUCUAGUGAGCUACAAUAGCUUACAGAAGCCUUUGAAACAUUGUUUCUCGUAUUGCUCGCUGUUUCCGAAGGAGUAUGUGUUUAGAAAAGACAAGCUGGUCAGGCUAUGGUUGGCACAAGGCUUUGCUGCAGCAGAUGGAGAAAGCGAUGCUGAAGAUAUUGCUUGCAGGUACUUUCAUAACCUCGUGGAGAGGUUCUUUCUUCAGCAAUCUCCAUCUUAUGACCAUAACGAGCAAAGGUAUGUCAUGCAUGAUCUCUACCAUGAGCUUGCUGAGUACGUAGCAGCCGAUGAGUACUCUAGAAUAGAGAGAUUUACAUUGAGCAACGUAAAUGGAGAAGCUCGCCAUCUAUCCUUGACUCCAAGCGAGACUCAUUCUCAUGAAAUAGGAGAAUUUCAUGCAUCCAAUAACAAAUAUAUGAAUGAAUCCCAAUACCCUGGCCUGCGAACUUUGCUGGUUGUCCAGAGAACCAAACAUGACGAUGGAAGAAAAACUUCGAGCAUACAAAAACCAAGUGUUCUGUUCAAAGCUUUUGUAUGUUUAAGGGCUCUGGAUUUGAGUAAUACUGACAUGGAGGGCCUGCCAAACUCUAUUGGGGAACUGAUACACCUUAGGUACCUCAGUCUUGAGAACACCAAAAUCAAGUGCCUGCCAGAGUCAAUAAGUUCUCUAUUCAAGUUGCACACGAUGAACCUCAAGUGUUGCAACUAUCUUAGUGAGCUGCCACAAGGGAUAAAAUUCCUUGCUAACUUAAGGCAUCUUGAACUACCACGCAUAGAUAACUGGAAUGUGUACAUGCCAUGUGGAAUUUCUGAAUUAACUAAUCUCCAAACAAUGCACACGAUCAAGUUCACAAGUGAUUCAGGAAGUUGUGGGAUUGCUGACUUGGUUAACUUGGACAAUCUUAGAGGUGAGCUGUGCAUAUCAGGCAUAGAGAACGUAAGCAAAGAACAAAUUGCUACAGAAGCUAUCAUGAAGAACAAAGGUGAAUUGCGUAAGUUGGUACUCCAGUGGUCACACAAUGACUCCAUGUUUGCUAAUGACGCAUCAUCUGUGUUGGACAGCCUUCAACCCCACCCUGCUCUGGAGGAACUCAUUAUCAUGGGCUUUUUUGGUGUCAAAUUUCCUGUAUGGAUGGGGAGCCAGUGCUCGUUUAAAUUGUCCUUCCUAGAGCUGAAAGAUUGUCGGAAUUGUAAAGAAUUGCCAUCUCUUGGUCUAUUACCCUGUCUGAAACAUCUUUUCAUCAACUCACUCACCAGCAUCAAGCACGUGAGACGGAUGUUAUCUAGCGGUGAUCAUACUAGCUCUGGUGAUUUUCAGUCCAGGAUUGCUUUUCCUACAUUGGAGACACUGAAAUUCACAGACAUGGAAUCUUGGGAGCAUUGGGAUGAAACUGAGGCUACAGACUUCCCUUGUCUCCGACACCUUACCAUUUUGAAUUGUAGCAAACUAACGGGGUUGCCCAAGCUUCUGGCAUUGGUAGAUCUGCGAAUAAAAAAUUGUGAGUGUCUACUCGACUUGCCAAGUUUCCCAUCCCUCCAGUGCAUUAAAAUGGAGGGUUUCUGCCGUGUCAACCAUUUGUUGCAACUCCCUCUAUUCUCUCAGCUUGAGAUGCUAGAACUUCGGUGUCACAAAAAACUCGUAUCGCUGAGAAAACUCCAGCAUAUUUCCCCAUUUCACAGUUUGAGAUUGAGAAAAGAACUAGUACAAAAGGUAUCAGGUUGUGAAGUGUUGCCAUUCCAGAAUCCCUCUGUUCAAGAUAGUCAGAAAACUUGGACAUUUUUAAGGUGUGCCGGGCAAAUCCUUGAAUGUAAUGUUGUUGCUUGUACUGAUCUUACCUUCGGCCAGACGAAUGUCCACUCUUCUGAAGAGGAAAUCGGCAAUGGUGUAAUAUUCCACAUAGGACAGGAUGAAGCUGUUGAGCUUGUAUCCUGCAAACCGGUUUGGGUCCAAAUAGGCCAGCCAGAGGAGGUUGAGAUUAUUUGCAUAGACUAGCUAUUAUGAAGUCAGCUUGAUGGUCAAAUCUUCUUGUGCUAAACCUGGAUACUGCUUGUAAAGUCAAUACAUAAUAGUUUACAGUGUGAUCCUACGUUGCAACUUGUGGUACAAGAUUCUUGAAUGAUGUUGUUAAACAUAUAGUAGAUGCUGAUUGGAUGACUCAUAAGCCUUUGAAGCUGGAGUCAUGAGUAAAUGUUAUCAAUGAAACUCGGUCAGAUGGUGA